AUGGCUUCUACUGCUCGCGCCGCCAAGCGCAUCAAAACAGCCUCUGUUUCAAAGGAGAAGAAGCCCGUCGCCAGCGUCACCAGCGUUCACAAACAGGGAUUCGAUGCAUCGGACGUCACGGUGCCCACAACGCAUGCAAAAAUGACAUUCAAAUCUCCGGUGACAAUCGAAACGGUGUUCAAUGCGCCCAGUGAUGCACAGGUGCGACAAUUUUACAGUUCGAGGUGCAGCAGCGGGACGCCGUUCGACCAUCUGCCCGAACACUCAAAGCUGGCGUGGACGACAUCGCUACACGACGUGACAGCGCUCAUAGGAUACAUCGUGUACGCCCAAGUCUUCCCGUCUCAACUUCGAAACCGCAUCAAAUUGAACACCGCGAGCUACCACUACAACGCGCUCGACGGCACAAGCGCAAGGGGCCAAAUCAAGCUGCGGCAGCGACAAGAAGCCCUCGCGAGACUCAAGAAGGUCGGCUCAGCUACGUCGGUGUUCCGCGGUCUCCCCUACAGCGUGGACAAGGCGAAGAACAUACUGCAAUUCAUGAAAAUGGAUUUUGACGAGCACACAAGCAAUGUUUCAACCGCAAUCGAUCGGUCCAGGGGUCACAGGGUAGUCUCUCAUCGUGUGUCGUGCUGUCGAUACGCAAUCUUGGCUCCGACUCGGACAUAA